AUGGAGGACGGACCCGGGAAACUGAAACGCCGGGUGGAACCAUCUCUGUACACCAUCAAGGGGAUGGUAAUCUUGGACAACGAUGGCCACCGAAUUCUAGCAAAGUAUUAUGACAAAAAUAUAUUCCCAACUUCUAAGGAGCAGAAGGCCUUUGAAAAAAAUUUAUUCAACAAAACUCACAGGUCUAACACUGAAAUAAUAAUGCUUGAUGGAUUGACGUGCGUUUAUCGGAGCAAUGUUGAUUUGUAUUUUUAUGUCAUGGGAAGUUCCUACGAGAACGAACUGAUCCUGAUGACGGUGUUGAACUGUCUGUAUGAUUCCAUCAGCCAGAUCCUGAGAAGGAACGUUGAAAAACGGGCUGUCUUGGACAGCUUGGACAUCGCCUUGCUCGCUAUGGACGAGAUUUGUGAUGGAGGAAUUAUCCUAGAUGCUGAUGCUGCCAGUGUCGUUGGACGAGUCGCGCUUAGAACUGAUGACAUUCCACUGGGAGAGCAAACAGUCGCUCAGGUACUUCAAUCAGCCAAAGAGCAACUCAAAUGGUCGCUGCUUAAGUAA